UUCGAGCUCUAUCUCUCUCUCUCUACUCCUCUCUCUCUCUCUCUUCCUCCCCUGCGCCUCCACCGCCGCCGCGUUAAUCCCCCCGCCGCCGGCGAGCCGCGUGAGGCCCGGAUUGGCUGAGCGGCUGAUCGAGUGUAGAGACUCUGAAGCACAUAUGGUUGGCAUUGGUUGAUAUGAUAAUCGGUCACGUUGUGAGAUGCAAACCCCCGCUAUGGGGGUUGAUUGAAUGAAGUGGAUAGUACUCUUAUAACUUUGUUGCUUGAAGAUUCUUGAACCCAAGGCAAGUAGCUUAUAAGAAGAUUUGGACUUUGGUGGCAUAAAUGGAUGAACUGACUGGCGGCUUCAUCGUGGUGUUGAUUACAGGCUCUUGAGCUACCAAGUAUGUCAGCUUCAAAUGAGAAGUGGAUUGAUGGGCUCCAGUUCUCAUCACUGUUCUGGCCCCCACCACAGGAUGUGCAACAAAAACAGGCACAAAUUCUGGCCUAUGUUGAAUAUUUUGGCCAGUUUACAGCUGACAGUGAGCAGUUCCCUGAAGAUAUAGCUCAGCUAAUUCAAAGUUGCUACCCAUCAAAAGAAAAGCGCCUGGUAGAUGAAGUAUUAGCAACUUUUGUUCUUCAUCAUCCUGAACAUGGCCACGCAGUUGUGCAUCCAAUUCUCUCACGCAUCAUAGAUGGGACAAUGAGUUAUGAUAGAAAUGGUUUCCCGUUCAAGUCCUUCAUCUCUUUAUUUAGUCAUACUUCUGAGAAAGAAUACUCGGAGCAGUGGGCCUUGGCCUGUGGAGAAAUUCUUAGAGUCCUAACUCACUACAACAGGCCAAUCUUCAAAGCUGAACACCAACAUUGUGAGGCAGAAUGUAGCAGCACAUCUGAUCAGGCCUCAUCAUGUGAGUCUAUAGAGAAAAGGGCUAAUGGUUCUCCAAGAAAUGAACCUGACCGGAAGCCAUUGAGGCCACUAUCUCCUUGGAUCACAGACAUAUUGCUCGCUGCACCUUUGGGUAUCAGAAGUGACUAUUUUAGAUGGUGUGGUGGAGUCAUGGGAAAAUACGCAGCUGGUGGAGAAUUGAAGCCUCCAACAACUGCUUACAGCCGAGGAUCUGGGAAGCACCCACAACUUAUGCCAUCCACACCAAGAUGGGCUGUUGCCAAUGGAGCUGGAGUUAUAUUAAGUGUCUGUGAUGAGGAAGUGACUCGUUAUGAGACAGCAAAUUUGACCGCGGCAGCUGUUCCUGCACUUUUAUUACCGCCACCGACCACACCCUUGGAUGAACAUUUGGUUGCAGGGCUCCCUCCUCUUGAACCAUAUGCUCGCUUAUUUCAUAGAUACUAUGCAAUUGCCACUCCAAGUGCUACACAAAGGUUGCUUUUUGGUCUUCUUGAAGCACCACCAUCAUGGGCCCCAGAUGCACUUGAUGCAGCAGUACAGCUUGUUGAACUCCUUAGAGCAGCUGAAGAUUAUGACUCUGGCAUGCGGCUUCCAAAGAAUUGGAUGCAUCUCCAUUUCCUGCGUGCUAUUGGAACUGCGAUGUCAAUGAGAGCUGGUAUCGCUGCUGAUACGGCUGCUGCUUUACUUUUCCGAAUACUCUCUCAACCGACUUUACUUUUUCCUCCACUGAGACAUGCUGAAGGAGUUGAACUCCAUCAUGAACCACUAGGUGGCUAUGUAUCAUCAUACAAAAGACAGCUUGAAGUUCCUGCAUCUGAAGCCACUAUUGAUGCCACUGCACAAGGCAUUGCUUCCAUGCUAUGUGCUCAUGGUCCUGAUGUUGAGUGGAGAAUAUGUACCAUCUGGGAGGCUGCCUAUGGCUUGCUACCUCUGAGUUCAUCAGCAGUUGAUUUGCCUGAAAUUGUUGUAGCUGCUCCACUUCAGCCACCUACUUUGUCAUGGAGCCUAUACUUGCCAUUGUUGAAAGUGUUCGAGUACCUACCUCGUGGGAGUCCAUCUGAAGCAUGUCUUAUGAGAAUUUUUGUGGCAACAGUUGAAGCUAUACUAAGAAGAACUUUUCCUUCAGAAACCUCUGAACAAUCCAGGAAACCAAGAAGUCAAUCUAAGAACCUUGCUGUUGCUGAACUCCGAACAAUGAUACAUUCACUCUUUGUGGAGUCAUGUGCUUCAAUGGACCUUGCCUCCAGAUUGCUAUUUGUAGUGUUAACUGUUUGUGUCAGUCAUCAAGCUUUGCCUGGGGGUAGUAAAAGACCAACUGGUAGUGAUAAUCAUUCCACUGAAGAGGUCACAGAUGAUUCGAGAUUAACCAAUGGAAGAAACAGAUGUAAGAAGAAACAAGGACCAGUUGCUACAUUUGACUCGUAUGUUCUAGCAGCCGUUUGUGCCUUAUCUUGUGAGCUCCAGCUGUUCCCUUUUAUUUCCAAGAAUGGGAAUCAUUCAAAUUUGAAGGACAGCAUAAAGAUAGUCAUACCUGGAAAAACUAAUGGUAUCAGUAAUGAGCUACACAAUAGCAUUAGCUCAGCGAUUCUUCAUACUCGCAGAAUACUUGGCAUCUUGGAAGCUCUGUUCUCGUUGAAGCCAUCAUCUGUUGGUACGUCAUGGAGUUAUAGUUCAAAUGAGAUUGUUGCGGCAGCUAUGGUUGCUGCUCAUGUUUCUGAGUUAUUUCGCCGAUCCAGGCCAUGCUUAAAUGCACUAUCUGCACUGAAGCAAUGCAAAUGGGAUGCUGAGAUUUCUACCAGGGCAUCAUCCCUUUACCAUUUGAUUGACUUGCAUGGUAAAACAGUGACCUCCAUUGUGAACAAAGCUGAGCCUCUAGAAGCUCACUUGACCCUUACACCAGUAAAAAAGGAUGAACCUCCCAUUGAGGAAAAUAACACCAGCUCAUCAGAUGGUGGUGCGCUGGAAAAAAAGGACGCAUCAAGAUCACAUAGGAAGAAUGAUUUUGCAAGACCGCUCUUGAAAUGUGCAGAAGAUGCUCUACUAAAUGGUGAUGUCGCAAGUACUUCUGGGAAAGUCAUUGCAAGUUUACAGGUGGAAGCUUCUGACUUGGCAAACUUCCUCACCAUGGAUCGAAAUGGGGGUUACAGAGGUUCUCAAACUCUACUAAGAUCUGUACUGUCAGAGAAGCAGGAGCUAUGUUUCUCUGUUGUCUCAUUGCUCUGGCAGAAGCUCAUUGCAUCUCCCGAAAUGCAGAUGUCUGCAGAAAGUACAUCAGCUCAUCAGGGUUGGAGAAAGGUUGUGGAUGCUCUUUGUGACGUUGUUUCAGCCUCACCAACCAAGGCUUCAGCUGCUAUUGUUCUGCAGGCUGAUAAGGACUUGCAGCCCUGGAUUGCUCGAGAUGAUGAGCAAGGUCAGAAGAUGUGGAGAGUCAACCAGCGAAUAGUUAAGCUGAUAGCUGAGCUUAUGAGGAAUCACGACAGCCCAGAAGCAUUGGUGAUUCUUGCUAGUGCUUCGGACCUCCUCCUUCGGGCAACUGAUGGAAUGCUCGUUGACGGUGAAGCUUGUACUUUGCCACAAUUAGAGCUUUUGGAAGUAACCGCCAGAGCAGUCCAUCUCAUCGUCGAAUGGGGAGAUUCAGGUGUAGCAGUUGCUGAUGGCCUCUCCAAUCUGCUGAAGUGCCGUCUAUCAACCACCAUCCGCUGCCUUUCGCACCCCAGCGCGCAUGUCCGUGCACUCAGCAUGUCGGUCCUUCGUGACAUCUUGAACAGCGGACAAAUACACUCCAGUAAGCUCAUCCAGAUCCAAGGGGAGCACCGGAACGGCAUCCAGAGCCCAACCUACCAAUGCCUGGCAGCAAGCAUCAUCAACUGGCAAGCCGAUGUGGAGAGAUGCAUAGAGUGGGAAGCCCGCAGCCGCCGCGCCACCGGGCUGACGCUCGCCUUCCUCACCGCGGCGGCGAAGGAGCUCGGCUGCCCACUCACUUGCUGACGGAAGGCCACACCAUGACUGUCACUGCAGGCAACUGCUGUAGUAGGGUCACCGAGUAGGAAUGCUAAUCUCUGGCUCAGGGAUGACCCUGCCGGUCUGUUUAUUCCCAAAGAUAUGUGAUUUAAGACUGAUAAAUUAGCUGAUGUUCCCAAUCAUACGGGGCUUGCUCCCAAGAUGUGAUUUUUUACUUUUGGUUAAAUGUGCUACUGCUGACAAUUAGAUGUUCAAGCAUAUGAAAACUGCUUGUGCUGUAACUUGUAUGUCUGUAACGUAAAAAAUCUUUCCAUACCGGAGAAGCAGAGGUAUCCUUUUCUUCUGCUGUUGUAUCUACUUCGGUUUCAUCCUGAA